AUGGAUGGCAAUUCAGACGACGAGACAUUCACUGUCGAGAAAGUCGUGGAUCGUAAAGUGGAGAAUGGAGUCGUCUCUUAUUUGGUGAAAUGGAAAGACUUCGGUGAAGAAGAUAACACAUGGGAGGAAGACGAAAACCUACAAUGUCGCGAUCUCAUUGAUGCUUACAACAAAGGGGUUGAAGAAGCUAAAACUAAGAAACUACCUCCACCUGCCUCAGAAUCCCUGCCAGAAAGUAACUCGAAAUCAGAAGGUGAUGGAAGGAAAUCUGAAAAAGAAAAUGUGUUACCCGAGAGUAAAUCAUCAUUGGAGACCUCGGAAGCGGAGAGGAAUGUGACUCGCGAUGGGUCCAGUGAGGUGGACAAUCGUCUUCUAGAAAUUAAAAGCGGUUUCGAUCGCGGUCUGAAACCCGAAAGAAUAAUAGGUGCCACGAGGAAGUUGGGUUCUCUCAUGUUCUUGAUGAAGUGGGAACGUUCCAAAGAAGCCGAUUUGGUACCCGCGUCUGAAGCCAACCGACGAUGUCCUCAAACCGUCAUCCAAUUCUACGAGGAGCGACUUUCGUGGGGCGCGAUUAAAAAAAAAUUGGAUAUCGUGAAUCAGUCGUCGUUCUUAAUCCUUGAUAACGUGCGAUUUUCCUCUUUGCUGAUCAAAUGGCUCAAGUUUCCGCAGAGAAUAAUGGAAACAGAAGUUUCCGAGUGGGGAUUUGUCGAAAAGGUGGAGAGAAUUUCGGAUUACAAAGGCCGCGGGCGGGAGUGUUACGUAAAAUGGCUGGGUUACGGGCGAGAGCACAAUACUUGGGAGCCAAUCGGAAACAUAAUGAAAGUGGCUCCGAUGAAAGUUGAGGAAUUCUACAAUCGCAAGCGGAAAAACUCCAAAAAAGGCACGUGCUUCGUGCGGAAACGUAGAGGGACUCGGAAGACUAGAUCUUUGGAUACGCAGCUAACGACUCCCAGUGGACGAAAAUCUUCGGAAGGUACAUCCAGUAAUAUCCGAGAUAGUGUUGUCAGUGAAACCGAUCCGUACGUCUGUGGAAGCAAAGAAAAUGCUUCCGGUACUGCCGAAUCGUCAGUGGAAAAUGGUUUGGUUUCCCGGAACCACGAGUCAGUUAUCGAAUGUAAGCCAUACGCAAUUGUCUGUUGUUUUACCCCGAAAGAGAAAACGGUUCUCUCACCCGAAGUCGCUUUACCAAACGUACCGCAUGUUGUACUUGCGUGUGAAGGUCCCAAAAUCGGUAAACUAUUGACUCUAGAAGAGGCGAAACUUCUGUAUCCGUUUGCAUGGAGUGACUUUUUGGCGAAUAGUGUUGACGUGGUUCGCUGAGCUCAGUCCUAUCUUCUGGAGUCUUCCCUGUGAAUCGAGCAGAUAAGAAUUGUGAUGUUAAUUCGGCAGAUUUCCGGGGAGUAUACGGAGCAGAAAUCGUUUCCCGGGAGAUCUUUAUGCGUUCGUAUUUUUUAAUUGGCAUUGUAUUGGAAGAUCGCACCACAUGUGAUUUUUUUUUCACUGUGUACAGUAUUUUUUCAUGUCGUAUUUUCCGAGUGUGGCGUGUGAAAACUGAAGGCAUCUGAUUCGUGGCCAAAUAAGCCCGAAAAGCUUGGUAUACCGGCACGCUUUAGAAAUGUUGCUUCCUUCUGUGCUAAUCCCGAAAACUGUCUGAAGUUUUCUGCCAUUCCAAUUAAAUGAUUGCGUUGCUGA